AUGGAUAUGAGCAUGAAUACCCUACUGAACACUUUGUGUAAUCACUUUGUUGUGUUUCUGAUUUGGCGAUCCCUAUACUUAGGUUAGAAUUAACAACAUACCUAGUUUAGAUUUAACAUAUCCUUGCUCCCUAUUUUUUGAGAAAAGGUGCAAAUAAGGAUGCCAACUUUUGAUUUUUUUUAUUUAAGGAUGCCAACUUUCAACUUUUUCUAUGGUUGAAAAAGUUGACAUUUUUAUUUAGAAACUAGCAAAGUUAACAGCCUCAAAUAGAAAAAAUAUAAAGUUAACAUCCUUAUUUGCACUUUUUUUCAAAAUGUUGAAAGUUGGGUUACACAAUGGGAGGCAUCCCUCCCCAUCCCUUGACCCACCCUGUGUAUACACGUACAACUCACAUCCAUAACCUCUUCCAUGGGAAGGAAAUUAUCACUAGGUCCUUUAGGUUGUUGGCUACACAAGUCCUUGCUUAUCUAUAGUUCACUAGUGUUGUAACCCAUUUUGAAUGGUUUUUUGAGUGAAUCCAAAAGGGGUUCUUCUCAUUUGAAUAUCAUCAACUACUACUUCAAUCUGGUGAAAAGAGAAAUUAUAUUGAAUUCAAAUGGCUUGUUUUGUGGGGAUUUUGUGGGAGGCAGCUCAUCUAUUUGUCAAGUGUAAAUGUUCCUACAAUUUUUGGAGAAAAUGUAGUGCUUGGUGAGGUUUUCAGUCUGCAUUACGAGGUGAUGUUGCUACUUUUUGGGAGAGUUUUGUGUUUGGACCAUAAGGAUUUAGAGUCUGGAUAGUCAAAGCAGUGGUGAUGCUAGCAGCCUUGUGGUCUUUUGUGGAUUCAUCGAAAUGAAGUAAUUUUUAGAAAUGGGAAUUGGGAUGCAAAUAGAGUGUUUGAGCUGGUUCAAAUAAGGUAGAUGACCAAAAAAAAAAAAAAAACAAACAAAAGCUGGUUCAAAUAAGGUCAUUUGCAUGGAUCAAAGGGAGACUACCUUAGGCGCCAAUGGAUUUUAGUGGAUGGUGUCAGCUUCCACACUUGUGUGCAAAAGAGAUAAUGAAACUAUGCCAAUUGUAAUUUUGAGUCCGAUUUUGACCAAAAUUUUUUCGAUGCAUCUAUUCUUUGUGACAAGACAUUGUAUACGCAUUGCAGUAAAGCAACGCUUGUAUUCCGGUUAAUAAAAUUUUUUGUUGAUA